UACCAUAUAGGUAUAGCAAUUAUAAACGUCAAGAGGUCAAAUUUUACCCUGUUUUAUGUUCAUGACUGAAUUAACGGUUGAACAUGUUGAAAGACGUUUAUAAAUAUAGAAGUGAUACACACCUGCACCUUAUAUCGGAGACACGACUAGUCUUGAGUCAUCACGUGGUGUGGGACAUUAACAAACAAAUAUCGAAAGUCAUGGGGCAAAUAUGGUCAUCGAAACCAGUCAUCUGCAAGAAAAGGGAUGACCUUGUCCACCAUGCUUGGAACUCCCUUGACUCGGGUUCUGUGAAUGACAUAAUAAUCUUGGAAGUGAAAGUAAAGAUCCGCGGUAUGUACGGUUAUACAGAUGAGAACUCCGUUAUGAAGGAGCUCAGGGAAUAUACACCCCUCGUCAUCGCCUGCAUGUUCCACGAUGUAGAAUUAGUAAAGAGGCUUAUUGAGGAAGGGGCAGACAUCAAUCUACGCCCAAAUGAGUAUAGAUAUACUUCUACUAAAGAGGCAGUUCCUCCUUUGUAUUACGCAGCAGCGGCGAGGGACCCAGACAUUGUAAAGAUUUUAUUAAACGCAGGCGCGGAUGUUAACGGAUUCAGAGGACGACAACAGUUCAUUAAUUUACAGAAACCAGAGAGUGAGCUGUAUAGUAUCAUCGAACCGUUGUAUUCAAGGUCAUCAGAUUCCAUGGCAACAAUCCUUGAUCUCUAUCUUGCUGCGGGAGUGAAAUUAAACACAACAUGCUGGGGACCUUGUCUGUUUUAUGGGAGAGGAAAAGUCUAUAGUGCAAAUUUGCCUACGACAUUAAACAUCCCGGGACCGUAUUUUACCUGUGAUACGGCAAUUUUACUUCUACAGCACGGAGUGGAUCCAAAUCUGUAUAAACUCCGUGAUGUCAUACAGCAGUUUUCUAGUCAUAAUCGUUAUUUUAGAGAUGAAAACUGUGUCGAUUUUGACACUUUGCUGAAAACAUUUCUUGCGGCCGGCUACCACUACACAAACGAUGAUCUCGACAAUAGGUAUAUCAAGGAACAAUUGGAGAGACAUGGUGUUAACGCCGAGGAGGCACGGAGCUUAAAGCAGACCUGUCGUUCAGUGAUUAGGGAACACUUGAGGACUGUUAGUAAGGAUACGUCACUUUUUCCUUUUGUGGAAAAAUUACCUAUCCCGGAGUCAUUAAAAACAUAUCUAAAAUUGUGCAAUAUCAUCGAUUUAAAGAAUAUUUCAAUGAAAUGUAAAGCUCGGUUCUAAAGGUGUAGACAUGUUGCAGUCCAAACGGUAAAUUCGUAUAAAAUUGUGUAGAGAUCGAGAAAUGUUUUUAAUAAAAAGAAAAAUGUUUUCCCG